GUAGACAAGCCUCACAAAAUGAAGUUCGGCAAGCGUAUUCGCGAGGCCGCCCGCAAGUCGUCGGGCCAUUACUACAUCGACUACAAAUCACUCAAAAGACUCGUCAAGCGCAUCAGGACAGCAGUCGAGUCAGAGCUGCUGACUCAGACGUGCGAAGCGCCGAGUGAUCCGUCAGCCGCUAUGCACCCGGAGGGAGGACACACGCUCAACGAAGCGUUCGAACAACAACUCGAGCUCGAGAUUCAGAAGGUGACGAGGCAACACGCCAGUGAUUCCUUUGAUCACCCUCUUGUGCGUAUGUUCAGGUGGAAGACGACUUCAGGAGGGCGCUGUCGGCUCUGCAGGCCCGCUAUGACCGGCUGAAGGCCCGGCUGGACCAGCUGCACGCCGACAGCAACUGUCUUCCCCCGCACAACCACACCGGCAGCAGCAGCAGCAGCGACACAACAGCGCCGCCGCAGGCACAGCUGUCAACCGAGGUCGUUGGCGACUUCGAUCAGUUCCUCAGCCUCCUCACGACCUCUGGCUACCCCCAGUGGUGUCUCGAUCUUUUUGGCGAGAUACGUGACUUGUCGCGGGCUUUCGACCAGCUCAGGAAAGCCGUCGUGUGGAACAGCAUCGCGGUUGCCAAGAUCCUCAAGAAGCGGCGCAAGAACACCCCCUACGGCCACACGCGGCAGGCUUCCUACUACCUCUUGACGCGCGAGUUCUACACCGGUCCGCAGCUGGCGGCCCUUGUGACGGGGCUAGACUGCAUGGUAGAGGAGGUGAUGCUGCUGGUGACCGGGAGACCAAUCAACCGAGACAGCUAUGAGUGCCCCAUCUGCUAUGAGACGCUCAAAUCGCCUGUGGUUCUGCCAUGUACGCACACAGAGAGGAGGGAACAGGGGAUGGGAUGACUGAAGUCGCGCAUUCCCUGGUGUGUGUGUGUGUGUGUGUGUCAGGUUCGCACCGAUUCUGCCUGCGGUGUCUGGCCAAGGCGGCGGAGAGCUUCGAGGCCUGCCCGCUGUGUCGGCGGUACAUCGAGCCUGAGCUGGUGACCGUGGAUGAGGGGCUCGAGCGGUUCGUCAAGAGGCACUUCCUCGCGCACACACACAUACAGCUGCCACCGCCACGUACGCGACAGACAAUCUGCAGAACACACACACUAGGAAACCAUCACACACGCGGGCACACGCUUCUCUUAUCUGUUUCUCUCACCAGGUGCAGUACGCCAAUCUGCCGCCACUCGAGCAUUCGAGUCGAUAUCGUGGGUGCCGUCCUUCAUCGUCAUGGCGGUGGUGCGCGUUUUGUCCUUCAUCAUGGCUAGACUCCUCAUCGCGCCGCUCACCGCACUCAUCGCCAUGCGCCCAUGGCACCACCAGCAGCGACCAGCCGAUAUCGACCCAGCCAAGCAGGACAGAGGCGACGCCGAGACCGAGAUCGGCCCUCCCGUGCGUCUGGCCGCCCACCGGCCCUCCCCUCUGACCCUGCCAAAGGCUGCGGUUGCCGAUGGCGGCAAUGAGCGUUUGGUGCGCGAGUGGCGCGUGGCCGAGAGCCCCUCACCCCCUCGCUACGCCCACCGCCACGACAACCGGACCGGCCAACGAGUGUCCUGGAAGAGCGACGAGAACGAGCCCACCACGCCGCCCAGCUCCCAUUCCCCGCCCAUCCUCAUCCACCGAUGCACCAGUGGGCGUGAGGGUGGCGAGCCAACCUCGGCGAGGAGCGCCGAUCCCCAUGAGGGCGUGAGCAGCCCCAGCGAGAAGCUGCGGUGGUUUGUGAGCCGCCAGGGUCUCGAGAAGAGGGGGCUGCGGCGGUACCACACCAAUCCUGAGUCGGCCAAGGUGCGUGUGCCGGAGGGUUUGGCGGCAUCGGAUGGGGGGGUGUCACCCAAGUAUGUGUCGAGCGCUACGCCGCUGAUGGAGGAUAGCGCACAGGUACGUAGCUGCGACACACAGCACAGCACACGGACCACUGGUUAGUACUCAUGGGUGGACACUCUUGUCUCUCUCUGUGCUGUGUGACGUGUGUGUGCAGCCAUGGAGCCCCAGCACCCCGACAGAGCAGUCGCCUCGCCGGAUGGUUCACCGGUCCGCCUGCCACCUCCUGCCUCCCACCCACCCCUCCGUCCACUCAGAAACGGACACCUACCACUCCUGUCUGUCGGCAUCCCCGUCCAUCCACUCCAACCAUUCUCACCACCACCAUCAGCCGGCCAUCAUAUCCUGUGUCAGCAGCGUCGCGUCGAUGGACGGCGAGUGGCCGGAGGGGCUUCCGUGGCCGCCGGUGGAGGGCUGCGUCACGAGCGAUCAGCAGUACGCCAUCAUCAAAAGGCUCAACUACAUUCUCAGACAUGGCGCGCCACACCUGGUGAGAGAGCGAACGCAUGCUCCCGCCGACAUCUAUCGGCAUCAUAUGGGUCUCUCUCUCUCUCUCUCUGUGUGUGUGUGUGCAGGGAUUGCCGAUGCGCGAGGACGGGUACGUCCGUGUGUGUGAGCUGUUGGCUCUCGAGGAGAUGCAGGGCGUCACCACGGAGAUCAUGCAGGAGGUGGUGAAGACCUGUCACAAGCGGCGGUACGAGGUGCGGGAGGACGCCCACGAAGGCCCGCUCAUCCGCGCCACCCAGGGGCACACCAUCCGGCAGCUGCGGACCGACAGGGCACUGCAGAAGAUCAUCUCACCGGAGGAAAUACCCGUCUGUGUGCACGGUGAGUGGAGUGAGUGAGCAAAGGGCGGCAUACCAGGACAUGCACGCACAGCAGAGCACAAUGGGGUUGUGUGUGAUCGCUUCGGUUGGUUCUCUGCUUCAGGCACGUACAUGCGGAAUUGGCUGGGUAUCCGACUUCUGGGGCUGCACCGCAUGAGCCGCAAUCACAUCCAUUUCGCCCCCGGGUUGCUUGACGCCCGCGAGGUAAUAAGCGGCAUGCGUCGGUCGAGCGAGGUGGCCAUCUACAUCAACACACACCAGGCCAUGCACGACGGCAUCACCUUCUUCCGGUCAUCCAACAACGUCAUUCUCACCGAGGGGCUGCAGGGCGCACUGCCGCCCAGAUACUUCUCCACAGUCCGACAGCUGCAGGUACGCUGGCUGCAAACAACUAACUAAAGGAGUUGGGAGCGGGAGAGGGAGAGAGACCUCUGUGUGCUGUGCUGUCUGUGGUCUCUGUGUGUGUGUAGUGGGAUGUGGACCUGUGGAGGGACGGCGUGGACCUGACUGAGCAGUACCUCGAUCGCUUGUCGGGUGAUGGUGGUGGGGUGCAGCCCCAUGACGGCGGCCACGGCCACGGCCUGCCUGCCUCGCUGCCACCGGCCGAGGAGGUGUUUGUGAGCCAGCUCAAGCAGGAGGUGGAGUCGGUGCACUCCAGCCCUUUCAACCCGGGAUUCAUCGCGGUCAGUCAGUCAGUGCAGAAAGGACCGAUUGAUUACGUGUGUUUGUUGUGUCUUUGUUUGUUGGUGUGCGCCAUCAGGUUGUGAACAGUUCGUUGGCAAAGGAGGUGGACGAGCUGGUGCCGCUGGACGAUGACUGAUUGCAUUGCGUGGCAGACAGGACAGACAGACAGACAGACAGAUGGACCGCGACCGGGCGAGGGCCCACUCGUUUCAGUCCACUGCACUGUGUACGUGUAGACAGGCAAGACAGACAGACAGACAGACAGGUUGGUUAGUUGGUUGACGGGCUAUUUGGGCCGUCCUGUGGUCACUUGGUUCUUGCUAGCUGCUGAUACUUACACCUACCGUCCGCACGUUCUCCAAUCGCGCUCACGUCGCCAUCCAAGUGCUGCGUCGUCGCCAUCUCGCGUCGCUGCGGUGCUUGGAUGCGGGUGUUACCGCUCUUGGAGGUGUGCGUGGUGCUUGGACAGCAGAGGCUGGUUGUCGUGUCUGUCGAUCGGUGGCUGUCUGUCUGUUUUCCGUAGUAGGUGCUGUGGCUGGCUAUUUUUGUCGUGAAACACUCAUGCCAUCCUUGGAUGAUGUGUAUGUGUAUAUGUAUGUGUAUUGCUGGCCGACAGGCUGGCUGGCUGGCUGACUACCCAUUUGCUCAAAACGCUACUCGCUCUCUCCUUCCCUGCCUCCCUGCCUCCCUGCCUGCAGAAAUACCUGACAGGUAUCUAACGAAGGCGCGAUAGUCAACAGACAUGGACGCUUUUGCCUUUCUCGCUAUAGGGAUGUUCCCUCUGGGGUGGUUUUCUGACUCGCCGACAGACGCACAGACAGAGAGACAGACAGACAGACAGACAGGCACUGUUUGAACCAACCAUUUGAGUGUACGAUCGCGACCGGAUGGAUGGAUGGGUGGGUGGGUGGGUGACACGCAUUAAUGAGGGUAUUUUUCUUGCCUUCUCUUCUUGUUGUUGUUUGUGUGGCCGUCGAGCUGCGACGCCUGUUGGCUGUAUUGUAUAGAAACAAGCAAUCGGAUCGAAUCUGUUUUGCCCAUAUGUACGUAUAUACCUACUUGCUCAUGCUUUACACACAUGUACACCCAUUAUAUAUUAUCCUAUCGGUUUUGCUCUGUCUACCUGUCUGUCCGUCUCUCUCUCUCAACACUAACACUGACUGCAUGGCGAGAGCCGAGCGAGUAGUGAGUGAUUGAGCGACCAUGUCACGUUGUCAAUUCAUCCUACCAUCCUCUCCUCCCACCGCACCCUUCAGUGCAUCCAUGAGUGUACUAUAGGCCACCAACCAUCCAUCCAUCCAGACAGACAGACAGACAGACCCGACAGAGAGAGAAAGGAGACAUACUACACACAAGUACUUGCUUGCUGACCUGCAGCCUUACUGUCAUCCAUCCCAUCAUGUGUGUCGGUUUUGUUUAUGGUGCGUGCACUUGGCUGACGAAGGAUUGGUCCCAUGUUUCCUAACGUGACAUGACAG